AUGGAGGAUAUCGAAUUGAAGGCUCUCGUUAAGUCUGUCGAUGAAAUUUUGGAUGAUCACUGCAAUGAAGUCUGGACGCCAGAAUAUCUAUACGCUCAGGAAUUCGAUUCGGUAUUCCAACAACUAUUCAAUCAAUAUUCACACGGAGAAUUUUGGCAAGUUGAUGAUCACAGUGACUUUCUCGCGUUCUGCCGUAUGUUUCGAAUGUUAAACCAAAAACGGAACGAGUUGGAAGACAGGUUUUUCCCAGAAAGAGCAGUGGAAAGAGCUGAGGAACGGGAGAGAGUUGGUCAGGAAGAAGAGACGCAGAGAUUUAGAGAGUGUUAUGAUAAGUUGCACGAACUUAGUCAUAAGAAGAAGAAGAAGAAGAAUGGAACUGGAAAGUUUAGCGUGAAGAAUUUUAUUUUUGGAUGCUUCGGAAGUACGGCUGUAGGUGAGGCUAAAACUGGAAAUGGAGAGGAAGAUGAUUACGAGAGGAAGAAACAAAUUUUGUUCAAUUACUAA